CGAUACCUAGCAGCUCUCGGCAUCUCUUCCGUAUUUGUUGUGUUCUCAGAAAAACCGGUUCUUUACCGAUCACGUUCCGGCGUGCAUUCUCGCCGUGUAGCCCCUUCCGCUUCCUUCAUCACGGACGUUCAAUUUCACGCGCUUCGAUCGAAUCUUACCCUAAAAAACUGAAAAUUGCAGGCGGAAGAAUGGAUUCCUCCUAUUUAUCGUGUUCAAUCUAUUCCGUAUAGGUUUGAGAUCCGAACACGCAGUCUCUGUUUCUUACUACAAGGAUAUAUUUCCCCCUUUCGAAUUGAUUGGGACCUUUAUUUACCGUCCAAUCUCUCAAUUUAGGGUUAGUUUGCCUUGACUUGAGGAAUUAUCCCGGGGAAAUUGGAAAUUUUCCGCAAGCUAAGCUGCAAGUGUUUGGUCGUGUUGAUUAUUUGGCUUUUGCUUCACUCAGAAUCUGGAUUGCUGUUUAUUUAUUCGAAGGUUUUCAUCUGAAUAUGUCGAAUCGUCAUGUUCAUGAUCGUGUGCUUAGUUAUGAAUUUACAGAUACAACAAGCUGUUCUCCCAUGAUGUUUUAGCUGUUUGGGUGUUCGAUAUUUUAUAAGUUUUGAUUAGGGAAACUGAAGUCAUGUCUCGAGACAGAAGAAGUACUGGAGUUGACAGAAUGUUUAGGUCUCCCCCACCUCCGCAUUCCUUGCAGGCAAGGGGUCGUGGUCGAGGUUCCUCUCCUCAAAGGGAGGAUAGAGGUCGGCGUUACUCGCCUAAAAGUGACCGUUUUUCACAGCCAAGGCGAAUCCGAGAAUUUGAUCGCUCCCCACCAAGGUCACAGGAGCGCAAUCUCUUUCCCCCAAGGACUCAACCCCCACACAGGGCACUGGAGCAGCGCCACUCGCCACCUAGGGUAAGUGAAAGCUAUUACCCUCGAAACAGGGCAAUAGAGCAUCCUUACUCACCACCCAGGGCUAGCAAACGACAUUACUCGCCGAACCGGGCACUAGGGCUUCCUUACUCACCACCCAGGGCAAGCAAAGGAUAUUACUUGCCAAACAGGCUGCAAGAACGCCCUUACUCCCCACCAAGGGAGCAAGAGCGUGAUUACUCACCACGCAGAGAGCGGAGGGAACGAGGCUGUAAUUACUCACCACACAGGGAAAGAGAACACUUUUACUCACCACGCAGGGAAAGAGAGCCCUUUUACUCACCUCCUUCAAGAGUUCAAGAACAAAAGCAAUCACCACCACGGGAUAGAAGACACAAUCGUGACUAUGUGUCACCAAUGAGGAGCCAGAACGGUGAAUUUAUUCCUAUUGGGAAAGAAACAGAGGGGAGACGUGUGGAGUACUUUCAUGAUCUUGAACAAUCAAGGAGGAUGGAGAGGAAAGACAUUGGACUUGACUUUGGAGAAUUUUCUGGUGUGGGUACUUCUACUCGUGCUGGUGGCGAGAGAUGGCAUGACCAACCUCAGAGCUUGAGGGUCUCUGAAGGCGAUAGUCGAAAAGGAGACCGAUAUGGUGGCCCUUCUGACUCAAGGAGAAAAUAUGAAUUUACAGAUGCCCUUGCACAUAGCGACUCAACUUCUGUGAAACAUCAAUUCAGUAACCUAGAUGAUCCACUAAGAACUGAUAUUUUGAAUGGCCCAAUUGAUCAUGGGUUUGGCAGUGCUAAAGCAAGUGGUGAGCUAGGAAGCGAGGGGAGACCAUAUUUUGGUCCAGUUGACAUUAGAGCCAUCUCUGCGGAAGGUGAUCCGAGAAGAGUUCGUUCAUCAUAUGAACCCCGAUCUUUGGAUUUUGGUGAUCCACCGAGAAGUAGCUUUGAUGAUGGUGAUAGGUAUGCACCGGGACAACAUAAUCUUAGCAUGAAGCUUCACGGUGGAAAUCAGAAUCCUUUUCAAGGCAUACAACAAUUAGAUAAAUCACCUACAGAGAGGCAAGUGUUGAGAGAUGCAUAUAUGGAGACUGGGACCUUGGAUUCUUUACGCCACUCGCAUUAUGGUUCUGGUUAUGUGGCUUCAUCAUCUCACCUAAAUGCAUUUACCAAUAGGUCUCCCACUGAAUUGAAAAAUGGUGUUAAUAGCUCAUUCGGAGAAGAUGGUCAUAUUCCUUUGGAUGGAAGGAGGACAUUCAUUGGAAGGUUGGGUGAACCUAAUGUUUAUGAGCAUAAUUCUGUAAUUAGAUCUCCUAAUGGAAAAGUAGAUGCCAUUGGGAAUUAUUCAGAGGUACGCUUCACCCCGACUGAUGGACAUAGAAGUAGCACACAUUCAGGCAAGUUUGGCACUAACGCACCCAGUAAUACAAGGCCUAGUGAAUUUUAUAGUAGGAAUGUGGGUAUUGGAGAAGAAUACAGUCAUCAGAAUGUUUCAAGAGCAUGUAAAUUGGAUCCUGUUAGAAGUGAUGACUUCUCUUACCGUGAAUACAUGACAGAACACAAGCCAUGGGACUGUGUCCCUUCUUCACAAAGACCAUCAAAUCCAGGCUACUUUGAGGCAAGUGGUGCACUUGAUAAGGGAAAGCAAGAAAUGGAUAUUUUGGAGUAUGAUGGUAAUAAUCCCAUUCACAAAAGGGUGUUGUAUAAGGGCUAUAGAAGUGCUAGCGAGCUUCAUGGCCAUGGGAUGGAUGAACAUCUCUCCACUUUUCACGAAAAAUCUGGUGUACUGUACAGAGAUCAUAAUCUUCAUUUAGAUGAAAUCCAGGCAAUACCUAAAUCAUCUACUGGUAUGUUCAAGAGGAAACAUGGUAGCGAACUGAACAUCCGUAGUGGGUUUGGAACUAUAUUAUCAAGCCAUGGAAGGAGUGAUGGAAGGAGUGUUCACAGAAUCCAGGAGCAGGAUGAGAGUGAAAGUUCUGUGCCUAAUUCUAAAAAAAUGAAGGCUAAUAACUCCAAGUAUGGGAAGAACAUAAAGAAAUAUAAUAUGCCCACCCGCAAUAGGCUCCACAGUACAACAAGCAUUGCUAGUCGGUUGAGCAAGGUGAAUAAACAUGGAACAAGAAAUAUUAAGAGUCCUGGAACUAGGGAUAUUAAGAAGCGGUUGGGACCACAGCCGCAAGAUGUUGAAACUUCUCAUUCUUCAGUGAAGAAGUACAAGUCUUCCUUGAAGAACCGUUUGGGACCUCGCUCUCAAAAGAAUCGUGCUACUCUUCCAUGGAUGAAGAACCUCACUUUGUACAAGGAGUCAAAAGAUCAGGAUGACUUAACUGAAAGUCUACCUGAUCAAGGGGAUGAUCCUUUAGAAAGUAGUGUUACUCCGCUGAAGAAUGAACCACCGGAGGAUUCUGAGGAUUUUAAGCAGUUGGUCCAUAAUGCUUUUUUCAAGUUUGUCAAACACUUGAAUGAGACGCCAGCUAGAAGAAGAAAAUAUAUGAAGCAGGGAAUACCUAGUUGUUUAAAGUGCAUUAUAUGCGGCAGGUCCGUCUCUUACAUGAUGAAGUGUUUUUAUAAAUGGAGCAAUACUCUCUAUUUUAUUCAACUUAUUGUCCAUAAACUCGGUGAACUGAUCGAGCAAGGCUUCCAUAAUGUGUCAUAAAUUUCCCUGCCAUUAUCAUCCGGUUAGAUUAUCUAUCAAACUAUGUGGCUACUGAUUGCAUCCCAUGGAUAGUUGCUGCUCUAUUCUGGUGUGGUUUUAGGAGAUUGGUAGGUCUGUGGAAGUUGUUUAUUGGUGACAGAGAGAAUUGAAGAUCAAAUUCUGAUAGUUGCAAUUGUUUUUCUGUGUACAUGGAGAAGUAUGCAUGAUACUAAAAAGAAAUCUGAACUCUGAUU